AUGCCGAUGCAGUUCCUCUCGCUCCCCACCGCCUCCUCCCCCACCGCCCACCUCCUCCCUCCCAAGCCCUUCUUCAAGCCGCUCUCCUCCGCCUCCGCCUCCGCCUCCUCCUUCCGCCGCCCCUCCCAGCCCCCGCCACCGCCGCCCAAUCCCUCCCCACCCCCUCCACCGCCUCCGCCUCCCCCGCCGCUCCCCAACCCCCUCGCCUCCAAGCUAUGGCUCUCCAGCAAGCUCUCCCCGCCCCCACCUCCCCCUCCCACCGAACCACCACAUCACCCCCCACCCACACAGCCGGAACCGGAGCCCGAGCCCGAGGCAUCCCCGUGCGAGGACGACGACGAGGAGCAGCAGGACUUCCGGCAGAAGGGGAAGGUCUUCGUGGGCAACCUGCCGCUCCACGUCCACAAGGCCGAGGUGGCCGCCUUCUUCCGCCAGUUCGGCCCGCUCGACAAGGUGGAGCUCGUGCGCGCCCGCGACGACCCCGAGCGCAACGCCGGCUUCUGCUUCCUCUACUACUCCGACUCCUCCGCGGAGGCCUCCGCGGAGGCCGCGGCGGAAGUCGACGGGGUGGACUUCCGGGGCAGGUCGCUCACGGUGCGGCUCGACGACGGCAGGCGGGGGCGGGCCCGGGCGGAGGACCGGGCGCGCUGGGUCGACCAAGGACGCGGGCGGGAGCCGGCCUCGCCCUGGCACCGGAGCAGGGACGAGGCGUGCCGGGAGUUCCGUGGGGUCGUGGAGUCGCGGCCACAGGACUGGCAGGCCGUCGUCUCCGCCUUCGAGAGGAUCCCCAAGCCAUCAAGGAGAGAAUUUGGUUUGAUGAUUGUGUAUUAUGCCAAGCGGGGUGAUAAGCAUCACGCUCGUGCGACAUUUGAGAACAUGAGGGCAAGAGGGAUAGAACCCAAUGCCUUUGUCUUCACAAGCCUUGUUCACGCUUAUGCAGUUGCUAGAGAUAUGCGUGGGGCACUGUCAUGUGUUGAAGAAAUGAAAGCUGAGGGCAUUGAGUUGACAAUUGUUACCUACAGUAUCCUUAUUGCAGGAUUUGGCAAAAUUAAUGAUUCUCAAUCUGCAGACAAGUUGUUCAAAGAGGCUAAGGCUAACCUGGGGGAUCUCAAUGGGAUCAUAUAUAGCAACAUUAUACAUGCUCACUGCCAGUCUGGCAAUAUGGAUCGAGCUGAAGAGUUAGUCCGCGAAAUGGAAGAGGAUGGAAUAGAUGCUCCCAUAGAUGCAUAUCAUAGUAUGAUGCAUGGAUACACUAUCAUUCAGGAUGAGAAGAAAUGUCUAAUUGUGUUUGAAAGGCUGAAGGAAUGUUGCUUUACACCAUCAAUUAUUUCUUAUGGAUGUCUAAUUAAUUUGUAUGUGAAGAUAGGCAAGGUCGCUAAAGCCAUAGCUAUUAGCAAAGAGAUGGAAUCAUAUGGCAUCAAGCAUAACAACAAAACUUACUCUAUGCUGAUCAGUGGAUUUAUCCAUUUACAUGACUACACAAAUGCUUUCAGCAUAUUUGAGGAAAUGAUAAAAUCUGGUCUUCAGCCUGAUCGUGCCAUAUACAACUUACUGAUAGAAGCAUUUUGUAAGAUGGGAAAUAUGGAUCGAGCUAUUCGCAUUCUGGAAAAGAUGCAGAAAGAACGAAUGCAGGCGUCAAAUAGAGCAUUUAGGCCUAUCAUAGAGGCGUAUGCGGUUGCUGGGGAUAUGAAAAGGGCCCUGGAUAUUUUUGAUCUGAUGCGACGAAGUGGUUGCGCUCCCACUGUAAUGACUUACAAUGCUCUUAUCCAUGGGCUAAUUAGAAAGAACCAGGUUGAGAGGGCUGUUUCUGUGCUUAGCAAGAUGUCCAUUGCUGGCAUUACACCGAACGAACAUACAUACACAAUCAUCAUGAGAGGUUAUGCUGCUAAUGGUGAUAUUGGGAAGGCCUUUGAAUAUUUCACAAAAAUUAAAGAAGGUGGUCUAAAACUUGAUGUCUACAUUUACGAGACGCUGCUAAGGGCAUGUUGCAAAUCAGGGAGAAUGCAGAGUGCUUUAGCAGUCACCCGCGAAAUGAGCUCUCAGAAGAUUAUGAGGAAUACAUUCGUAUAUAAUAUUUUGAUUGAUGGGUGGGCUCGGAGGGGAGAUGUUUGGGAGGCAGCAGACUUGAUGAAGCAAAUGAAAGAAGAUGGAGUCCCUCCUAACAUUCAUACAUAUACCUCCUACAUAAAUGCGUGCUGUAAAGCUGGAGAUAUGCAGAGAGCAGAAAAGGUGAUCGAAGAAAUGGCAGGUGUUGGACUGAAACCUAAUCUCAAGACGUAUACUACCUUGAUUAAAGGCUGGGCAAGGGCAUCACUUCCAGACAGAGCAUUGAAAUGUUUUGAAGAGAUGAAACUGGUGGGGCUGAAGCCUGACGAGGCUGCUUACCAUUGCUUGGUGACUUCACUUCUCUCAAGAGCAAGUGUAAUGGAGGGAAGCACCUACACAGGAGUCUUGAGUGUUUGUAGAGAAAUGUUUGAGAAUGAUUUGACUGUUGAUAUGCGCACUGCUGUUCACUGGUCGAGAUGGCUUCAUAAGAUUGAGAGGACGGGAGGGGCACUAACAGAAGCACUUCAGAGAAUAUUUCCUCCUGAUUGGAAUUCAUUAGAAGUUCUAGGAGAGGUUUCUGAUUCUGUAAACACUGGGGAUUCAGAUUAUUCUAGUGAUUCUGACUUGAGCGAUGAUGGUGAUGAGAAUCAAGAUUGAUGACAACUGACAACCUGUAACUAACUUUCAAUGUUAGUCACUCCCCCGCUGUUUUCGUGUGAGAGCUGUGCCCAAGUUGACCCAACAAGAUCGGCAGUUUGUGGACGAUCCGAAAUUAGGCCUUGGAAUCUUGCAGUGCAGUAUGCGUGAGCUGGCUUCUGCUGCAUUUCUUAAAAAGCGUCAGCGAGGCAGUAACAGUUCUUCUGGGGCUGAGAGCUGAGGCUGUCGUCGCUAAUUUGCAGCAGACGAAGCUUGCUCAGUUUGUGUUCCUGUACAGAACAAUGACUGCCAUAGGUAAAUAUUCUUGAGCCUUUGCUUUGUGAAAGUCAAGCUAGGUGGCAAAGGCAGCUCUAGUUUCAUGAAGUUCUUAGAUGAUGUUGUAUCCAGCUGAAGCCCUAUGGGUGGAAGUGGGGAAGGGGCUGGAAACAUCUUUGUUCAUAGAGGAGUAGCUGGAAAUGGCACCACAGGUGGGCAACCAUCCAAAUAGAUUUUUGGAGCCUCUUUGUAGUGGGAUUGUAUUUUCUCCAAAAGGUAUCCAUAGUGGCAGCUAUCUUGAUGUUAUACCGAUUGUGCUUAUUUAGCAGAUGCAAGUUGUAAAAAGACCUGCCUACUAAAUUUAAUACUCCAUUCGUCCAACAAAAGAUGUCUCAACUUUGUCUAAAUUUGGAUGUAUUAGUGUAUAGAUACAUCCAAAUUCAGGCAAAGUUGAGACAUCCUUUGUUGGACGGAGGGAGUAGAUGAAAUAUCGUAUAUACUGUGUAUUUUUUCCAUUCUGAAGUUGAAAUUCAGAUGAAGAGUGAAACA